AAUCUGGAUCAGAAGACAUGAGGAUGGAGUGAAACUGGGACACACUUAAAUGGUGUACUUGGCUUCCAGGUCCAGCUAUUUAACAUGAACCCAUUUAAUGUUUCAUCCACUUCUGAAAUUAAAUUCAACAAUCAAAGGAGUUAAAUAGGCGACGCUGAAUGACAUUAUCGGUGUCAGAACUGCUCUGUCGUUCGGUACUGAGAUUUUCUACAACCUUUGAACGCAGCAUUGGUUCAGGCACAGCUGCGACGCUCUUUAAGGAGACAGGUCCUGCAUGCAGCCGCCGAUUAAACAACACUUGUGCUUUCUCCCUGUUUUCGUUAUGACCUAAACGUCCAUAUGUUAGUGGGUGAUUUUUAUUUAUAUGACAUCAUGUAUUACUGGAUUCUACUUUAAUUUAAAAAAAAAACUGUGACGAAAUUGUGCCUUGUUGUGAGGAACUUCAUUCGAUGCCGAUCAGCUUGGAGUUUAAGGUAUGGACACGCACACAGCCCAACCGAGAGUGCUCUUCUCCGCCACAGGGAGCUAGUCAUGCCUAGCUAGGUUCCUCCUCCUACUGGGCUCUUCCUUCCUUACCAGAUCCUGGGUCACAGCCCUCAGGACGUAAAGUCCCCGUCGACGCUGGGUAAAGUGGACCGUCCUGAAGAUGGAGGAGAGACGAGCACGAUCCUUUCACAUGACGUGUCAUGUGCAGCGUGACUAUGGCAGCCGGAUGAAGAGUUCCUUCAUACGUUGCAGCCCCAAUGGAUGUGCCGGCACCAGUGUAAGUCUCAGCCUGGACCACGACAUGGACCUCGCAGCCUCCACCGGUACCCUACGGGUUCCUGUGCCUGACAUCGGCCACUACUCCCCCGUCUCGCUGGAAUUAGACCCCGCUCUGGUGAAUAAUGGAUCAAGCAUUCCCUGCUGUCCGCCAGCUGACACCAAGGACCCAGCCUUGCAGAUCGUUCACAACCAGCCCUCCAUCACCCCGAUCCCACCGCCUCUUCCUCGUUCAAGUUGGCUGAGAAAUCACCAGAAGGAGUUCCAGAGCCCUUACAUCAAGACAAGCAUGCAAGGGGAUGUUUACAACUUCCUGGAACGACCUGCUGGAUUGAAAUGCUUCCUCUACCAUUUCCUCGUCUUCAUCAUGGUCCUGGUGUGUCUUAUCUUCAGCGUCCUGUCCACAAUAGAACAAUAUGCAGAUUUUGCAACAGGAACUCUCUUCUGGAUGGAGAUUGUGCUGGUUCUGUUCUUUGGCACAGAGUAUGUGGUCCGGCUGUGGUCGGCAGGCUGCCGCAGCAAAUAUGCAGGCAUCAAAGGACGACUUCGCUUUAUCAGGAAGCCCAUAUCAAUCAUAGAUUUGAUAGUUGUCAUUGCCUCUAUCAUUGUGCUCGGCGUCGGGUCAAAUGGCCAGGUGUUUGCCACGUCUGCCAUCAGGGGCAUCCGUUUUCUCCAGAUCCUGCGAAUGCUGCAUGUAGACCGACAGGGAGGAACAUGGAGGCUUCUGGGCUCUGUGGUUUUCAUUCAUCGACAGGAGUUGAUUACCACCCUGUACAUUGGCUUCCUGGGACUGAUUUUUUCCUCCUACUUUGUCUACUUGGCGGAGAAGGAUGCUGUAGAUGAGGAGGGCAAGACAGGCUUCUCUAGCUACGCUGAUGCACUGUGGUGGGGCGUGGUGACCGUCACCACGAUCGGUUAUGGGGACAAAAUUCCUCAAACAUGGAUCGGGAAAGCCAUUGCUUCAUGCUUCAGUGUCUUCGCUAUCUCCUUCUUUGCUCUACCUGCUGGUAUCCUGGGCUCAGGGUUUGCCUUGAAAGUUCAGCAGAAGCAGCGACAGAAGCACUUUAAUAGACAAAUCCCCGCUGCAGCCUCUCUCAUCCAGACUCUGUGGAGGUGCUAUGCAGCAGAGAAACCAAACGGCUGUGCUGUUACAUGGAAAAUGUACGUCUUAACUCCAGAGGGUGUGGCUGCAGCACAGGCUGACAACACCAGUCCCAGCAUCAAGAAGCUCAACAUUGCGAAGAAGGGGACUAAGAGGCGGCUGAAGUCCAAAGGAAUCGGUUCCAUGGGCGUGGCCUCAGAAAGAGCUGUAUCGAUCCCUCAGAUCACUUAUGAACACAUUGAUGAUUCAGUGGAAAAGAAGGACGUCUCUUUCUUCCUUGAAGAGCCUCGGGGGACAGCUGAAGGGAUUUCCAAAAUGUUGAGAAAAACAGGCCAUCCUCACCAUUCUUGGUCAUCGUUCACUUUGAGCUGCCCUCCUUCUCCAGUAAAAGGAAGUAGUGAUCAAAGCACAUCUAUAGACAUCUCUCGAGCUAACAGCCUGACCGAUGAUCUAGACGACGUGAGCGAAGAUAUUCCUUUGCCUGUGGUGACUGACAAGAACCAGUUGUCCCAUGCUCAAAGGUCUGCAGUAAAAGUCCUCCGAAGAAUGCAGUACUUUGUGGCAAGGAGGAAAUUUCAGGAAGCCCGGAAGCCCUACGAUGUGCGAGACGUGAUCGAGCAGUAUUCCCAGGGUCACCUCAACAUGAUGGUUCGCAUCAAGGAGCUGCAGAGAAGGCUGGACGGCACCCUGGGGAAACCGGGAAUGUUUCUUCCAGGAAAGGGAGAAGAUAAAGAAUUCCCAACUAUUGGAGCAAGACUGAUCAGACUAGAAGAUAAGGUAGGUACACCCAAGACUCUCUUUCUCUUUGUGUGUGUGUGUGUGUGUGUGUGUGUGUGUGUGUGUGUGUGUGUGUGUGUGUGUGUGUGUGUGUGUGUGUGUGUGUGUGUGUGUGUGUGUGUGUGUGUGUGUGUGUGUGUGAUGACUGUCACUGUGGCUGGACUCGCUUCAUUUGUGCCGAACAUGCACUCCCCCUGUGUCUUAUCAGCAGUGAUCCAGAGGUAUGUUUAGGCUCUGCACCUUUUUUUCUUCAUUAUGUUUUCCUUUCUAAGCUUUCUGGAUAGUGUUACAUAUUUUUUUCAUCCCAGGCAGGGUGCUGGGAUUUACGCGGUGAGACAUUGCCAGUUGGCAGCAGCUGUGUGAUGAAAUCUGAGGAGUGAAAAUUUUGACAAAAAUUUUUUAUUUAGUUUUAGUCUUUUGACUAAAAUUCUUUUCAAUUUUUGUCACUUUUCAGUCGUCCAAUUUGUUUUAGUGUUAGUCUUAUUUUAGUCGACUAAAGCAAAUGUAUUUUACUUCUGAUGCAUAACUUUCAACUUGCGUAAAGAAAAUGGACAUCAAGCAACGUGGAUUCUGUACCUCUCCUUCUUCCUCCAGACUCUGGGACCUUGGUUUUGAAGGAAAACGCAAAAUUUACUUUCAUCAGAGAACAUAACCCCUGAGCAGCAGUCCAGUCCAUUUUGUCUUUAGCCCAGGUGAGACGCUUCUUCUUCUGACGCUGUCUCUUGUUCAAGAGUGGCUUGACACAAGGAAUGAGACAGCUGAAAACCACGUCUUGCAUUCAUUUGUGAACGGUGGUUCUUGAAGCACUGACUCCACAGAACGCGUAGACGGUCUGGCCGCUGCCACGGGUCGCCUCCCGUGUGUCAGGUAAUAAAAGCGACAGCGACGAAUUUCGCUGAUCGCGGUCGUUUGUCGCCUCCCGUGUGUCGAGCCCAUGAAUGAGAACACCCUCUUUAAAAUCAGGAGACACACUUGGUCAUUCAAUCAUCUUCACCCUGUUCUUCUUCAGAAGUGCAACAGUAGCUUUAGAUGUGUGUCUUGGAUCGUUAUCGUGUUAGAAAAGUGCACGAUGACCAAGUGAAUGGAGUGAUGGCAGCGUCUUCCCCUUCAGUAUAGAGCAGGACAUUGUUGAGUUCAUGAUACCAUCAAUGAAAAGCAGCUCCACAACACCAGCAGCACUCAUGUAGCCCCACGUAAGCACACUGCCACCACUGUGUUUCGAUGUAGGCACCAUGCAUUUCUCUUUGAGAACUUCACCUUUACGAUGCAGCACAGUAUUGAUACCAUUAGUUCCAAAAACAGAGAUCUUUGUCUCAUCACUCCAGAGUCUACAGUCCCAGUAGUCUUCAUCUCUUUCAGCAUGGGUCCUAGAAAAUCCUAGGGGUGCUUUUUUGUGCAUGGGCUUUAGGAGAGGCUUCCUUCGUGGACAAUACCCAUGCAUGCCGUUACUCUACUGUACAGUGUGCGCCAUAUGGUGUCACGGAAACGGUCACUCCAGUUUGGCUUGAUUUUCUUCAACCCUUUAUCAGAAGACACUCCUGUCUAGAUGUUAACUUCGGUGGACGGCCUGGAAAUCUCUGAUGGUUGCACUUCCAUCUUUCUUAAAAGUUUGGAUCAGGUUUGCUACAGUAUUCUAACUUAUAUAUGUGAAGCUUUGCGGAUCUUCUUGCAGCCCUCACCUUUUUAUGUAAAGAAAUGAUUCCUUUCUCAGAUUUUGUGACAUUUCUCUUCCAUGUGGAGCCAUUACUGAAUGAAAUGGGAAGGGCUUCUCUUUGUUAAGUAAGGCCCUUUAAUAGUCACCUGUCUGCUGGACUCCUCUUAAAUUUAUCUUUAACCCUCCUGUGGUUGGAUGCAUGUUAACUGGAAUCUUGUAGUCUCAAGUGUGGCUUUUCUCCUAAGACUAUAAUUGGGGUCUACUCAUUUUUGCAACAUGGGCUUGAAAGGAUUUGUUAGGAAAAUCACUUGUUUGUGUGUGAAAAUGAAUAAACCUUGUUGGCCAUCAAUGAUAAACAUUUGUGGGAAUGUCUUGUAGUAUGGUAAAAACUAAGAAAAGUUGAUUCUGAAAGGAAACUAAAGGUUUUCUGACAAAUGUGUACUCAUUUAUGCUGAGCACUGUAUACUUUUUUCUACCACAUUUUAUCUUUCCCUUCACCUCUCUAUUAAUAUGCUUGGACACGGAGCUCUGUGAACAGACAGCCUCUAUCAAUGCCCAAUUGUGUUUUGCCCUCCUUGUGUAACGCGUCAACGGUCGUCUUUGGACAACUGUCAAGUCAGCAGUCUUCCCCGUGAUUAUGUAGCUUACGGAACUAGACUGAGAGACCAUUUAAAGGCUUUUGCAGGUAUUUUGAGUUAAUUGGCUGAUUAGACUGUGGCACCAGGGACCUUCAAUAUUGAACCUUUUCACAAUAUUCUAAUAUUCUGAGAUCCUGAAUCUGAGAUUUUCAUUAGUUGUCAGUUAUAAUUAUCAGAAAGAAAGAAAUAAACGUUUGGAAUAUAUCAGUCUGUGUAAGGAAAAAAAUCUGAAAUGCAUGUGUCAAUUAUUGAAUGGAAUUACUGAAAUAAAUCAACUUUGUCAUGACAUUCACAUUUUAUAACCAGCACCUGUAGAUGAUGAUGGCCAAUAACGCAGUGAUCCCAGAAGGAACAGGGAGGGACAGAUGUUGUAAUGUUCAUUAAUAAUAUUACAGUAACAUGUUUUUCUAAUAUCCUGCAGCCUUAUGGCAAAUGUUUAGGUUCUCUGGCACAUUUGUUAUUGAACUUUUUUUAUCUAUACAUUGAUGUGAAGUUGUUUUCACAUGUACACAGUUGCUUUACAAUAGAACAAUGCAUUCUGCAGCCACUCAUUCUCCAUUCAUGUGAGCCAACUCAGGAUUUCCCUCACUCGCCUGAAUAUUUACUUUACCACGUCUAUGUGCUCAUUAACGCUGCUGUUUGCAUGCGUUAGUCAUUCUCAGACCUCUUUGUUUCAGAGAGAGGAGUAAUGAUCUUGAACCAAUGUAAGCCUGAAGACCUCCCUCUGAGACUGAAGCACGGCCCACUGGCUUCAAGCUGUGGUCUGCUGAUUUCAAACUGCAGAAGAAAUGUCUAUCCUAGGUGAUAUUGUUUCUCUUUCUCUAUUUGCGUUCUUAACACUGUCUUUGUUAUAAAGGCAAUUAACUAGGGGCAAGUACAUUUUGGAAACAAAUCAUUGUAGCCCUGAAGACUUUUUUUUUUCAUAAAAUAAGUAAACCCUUUUUUUUUCUCUAUAAAUCAAUAAAUUGCACUGACGCAACAAGCACUUUCACAUAGUGCAGCACCACAACGGCUGCAAAGGGCUGUCACUUUGAGUCACAAAUCCUUCAUAAUUACUACUUCUCUUGCUCGGGUACCCACCCACUACCUGUUCUUACUUUGUGCUAGCAUGCAUAUCUUGUUUUGAUGGUUCUGGCAGUGUCCAAAAAGAUCACCGUGUUGAGGCAUAAAGGUGUCCAUAUGUGCUCUUGGCACCAGGAUACCUUAGGCCAGAGCUCGAUGAUCAACUUUGUUGUCGUUUUGUCUGAUUUGUGGCUGCAUGUCUUAGACACUCAGUUGAAAAGAGAGGUGGAGCUGUCAACUGACCAAUGAUGGUGGUGAGAUGGCUUCGAUGUUGGGGGAGGAUGCAGUCAGACCUGGCAGGCCCAAAGGUGUUGUAAGGGUCUGGCAAAGUCUCGUCAGAAGGAGUUUCAAAUCCCACCUCUGACAGAACUUCCAAAAUAUUCCGUGGGAGGCGGGGGAUAUUAAGGCCAAAUGGGCCCUUUUCCAUGACUCCAUUGUUGAAGCGGCCGACCAGAGCUGUGGCCGAAGGGCCGUUGGUGCCUGUCCUGGUGACAACCCCCAAACCUGCUGAUAGACACCGGCAGUUAGGGAUGCUGUCAAGUUGAAGGAAGGGUACCAUCAAAUAUUUUUGGCCUGUUGGACUCCAGAGGCAGCUGAUAAGUACCAGCAGUCUAAGCAGAAUGCGGCUGUGGUGGUCGGGGAGGCAAAAACCCAGGUGUGAGAGGAGUUCGGUGAGACCAUGGAGCAAGACUUCCAUAUGGCUUUGAGGAGAUUCUGAUCCACCAUCCGAAACCUCCCGGGAGAAAGCAGUGUGAUACCAGCACUGGUUAUAGUGAGGACGGUGUGCUGCUGACCUCGAAUUGAGACAUUGUGGAUCAGUGGGCAGAGUACUUCAAAGACCUCCUCAAUUCUAUUGCACGUCUCUCAGUGAGUCUGUGGACUUUGGGUUGUUCUCUCUAAUCUCUGGGCUGAGGUCACUGAGGUUGUCAAAAUGGUCCUUGGUGGCAACGUUCCAGGGGUGGAUGAGAUCCGCCUGGAGUUCCUUAAGUUUCUGGAUGUUGUAGGGCUGUGUUGGCUGAUGUGGCUCUGUAUCAACACGUGGACAUCGGGGGCAGUCCCACUGGACUGGCAGACCAGGGUGGUGGUCCCCCCCAUUUAAAAAGGGGGACCACAGGGUGUCACACUGAGCCUCCCUGGUAAGGUUUAUUCAGGGUUUCUCGAGGGAAGGGUCUGUCGGAUUGUCGAACCUCAGAUUCAGGAGGAGCAAUGUAGUUUUCAUCCUGGCCGUGGAACACUGGACCAGCUCUGUACCCUUAGGGGAAUCCUGGAGAGUGCAUAGGAGUUUGCCCAACCUAUCUACAUGUGUUUUGUGGAUUUGGAGGAAGGCAUUCAACCGUGUCCAUCGGGGGGCCCUGCGGGGGGUAUUCUGGGAGUAUAGGGUACCAGGCCCUUUGACAUGGGCUGUUAGGCCCAUGUAUGACUGAUGUCAGAGCUUGGUCUGCAUUUUUGGCAGUAAGUUGAGCUUGUUUCUGGUAAGAGUUGGACUCAGCCAUGGCUGCCCUUUAUUACCGAUUCUGUUCAUACCUUUUAUGGGCAGGAUUUUUAGGAGCAGCGACGGUGUUGAGGGGAUCUAUUUUGGUAAUCUAAAGAUCACGUCUCUGCUUUUUGCAGAUGAAAUGGUCCCGUUGGCUUCAUCAGACAGGGGAUCUCCUACAAGUAGCUAUUGGCCUUGCAGCAAACUUCUUCUUGCAGUAAUCUGAAAUUAUUUUCUUCAAAUAGCAUGCCGAACUUUAGCCUACCUGCCGAGCAGAACACCUGCGACAGAGGCGUCUGUGGGGAGCCCAACCUUUGCUUUGAACAGCAAGUGAAAAUUACCCAACAACAAGCACGUAUGACGACGGCCUUAUGUGAAUGGUUCACCAGAAAGAUUGACAGUUAUGUGGACCAGUGGUUCAGAUGAUCCACCCAGAAGAAAAAGAUCCUCUGCGAUACCUUUAAUUUAAACUUUAAAUGAUAAAUGAUAAACGACCUGCACUUGUAUAGUGCCUCUCAGAGUAAGGACUCCAAAGCGCUUUACACUACAGUGCAUCAUUCAUCCAUUCACGCACACAUUCACACACUGAUGGUGAUGAGCUACGAUGUAGCCACAGCUUCCCUGGGGCGCACUGACAGAGGCAAGGCUGCCAAGCACACCGCCACCGGUCCCUCCGACCACCACCAGCAGGCAAGGUGGGUUAAGUGUCUUGCCCAAGGACACAACAGCAGAAUUCUCUGUCCGGAGCCGGGAUUGAACCUGCAACCAUCCGAUUACCAGGCAAUCCGCUCUACCUGUUGAGCUACUCCUGCCCCAUUUAUCAUUUAUUGAUGAAAAUAAAUAAUAUAAAAAAGCGAAAAAAAAACAAAUUAAAACAGUUUUUCUUUGCAAAUGUUCAGCUGCGUUUUUCUGCUUCCUUCUGUAUGUUGCUUCUAAAGGUCCAUCUAAAAACCUAGAAAACCUUAAGGCUGACAGCUGAAUCAGAUUUGGUGUGUGUGAGUACGUGUGUGCGUACGUGUGUGUUCCCAUGCCUAUCUUGGUACUCACUCUUGGUUAGGCUCCAGCUUUUUUUCUCCCCUCUCUCUGGAGAAAUACUGACUUUCUCCUCCUACCUCCCUGUAAAACAGCAGAUUUAACAUCUUCCUAAUGCUCCAGCUGAGUAAAAUAGAGUCAUUUUCCUGCCCAACUUUUGUCUACAGAUCAGUUGCAAAUUAAUUUAUCUUCUAUGAGCAGAAGGGCGUCCGGGCCUUCCAUGCCCAGUAAAGAGUUAGACAUUGAUUCAUCACAUGUGGGACAAAGACACAUACAGAUGAGCACACAAGCACUCACACUCAAAUGAACAUUGAGCUGAUUAAUCACCGACACGUCAAGCCUCACACUCUCAAGAUUGAAUUCUCGGAGAGUAGCUAGGAAACAAAGAUGGAUGGCACUCUGUGACACGGUGUUAUCUCUCUGCCAGGCACACUCAAUGAAACAUAUCUAAAUGACAAGCUUAAACAGUGUCUGGGCUGUCAGGUGUGUGUGUGUGUGUGUGUGUGUGUGUGUGUGUGUGUGUGUGUGUGUGUGUGUGUGUGUGUGUGUGUGUGUGUGUGUGUGUGUGUGUGUGUGUGUGUGUGUGUGUGUGGAGGGGGGGGUCAUGAUGUAGGGGUUUCUGCUGCAUUUCUGCCUCUUGUUUUUAAAAGAAAUGAGUCAUUUGUAAAAACAAUGUGAAAGUCUGAAACCCUAACUGUGUGAUGUUUGUAAUGUUUGGAUGAAGUGUUGAUUUAAAUAUGUGUGUUUGAAGUGUGUGUCAGAGUGAGUGAGCAACUUCAAAUGAGUGUGUAGAGCUGAGGGUUGCAGCCUUUAAUUAAAUAGGAGGUGGUGUUUACUUUGUGUCAAGUCAGAUGUUCAUUACAGGGUAUGUAAAAAAAUAUUUAUUCACGCUAAAUGCAUAAAUGCCCAACCCUAACACUGAAGAGAAACGCUUAAAUGAAUACAUAGACCUAGUUUUUUGACUAGUAAUAAAUCGUUCAUGGUAGUUUUUUUUUUCAUAUUUCUUAUAAAUUGUGACUAUAUUGCAUGCAUACAUAAUUGUGGAUUUCUAUGCACUAGAAAACUUAUACUCCUAGAAAAUGUAGUAAAUUUUCAUUUAGAUGAAAUAUUGUAAUUCCAUUUAAUUAGUCUGGGUCAAUAUUUUUUCGAACUUUAAAACUUGAAACAUAAAAUGACAAUCUGAAAAUUCUCUCUUUCAAACGAUCUAUCUAUUUAUUUGCUAAUGUAAAGAAAACAGUUAAUUAAUUAUUGAAAAUAUUAAAUAUGCAAUAUUACUUAUUGUUACUAUUACUUAUUAUUAAUUUAAUCAACUUCCCCCUGGGAGUAAUAAAGUAUUUUUGAAUAGAAUAGAAUACAACAGUAAUGACAUACAAUCAAGUGGCUUUUAGUGACUUUUCGUGGUUUGCUCGCAGGUUAGUCUGUGUGGAAAAAAACACAGGAAAACACUACAAGUACAAACUCAUUAGGCUAUUUAAAGACCAUGUUCAUUCAAUUUUUUUCUGUACAUUAGCAUUAGUACACCUCACUUCUGAUUGGCUAACAGCAACACGACUCCACUGCUGACUCUCUUUGCUUUACAACAUUGAUGUAUUUUCUCCAUAAAUAACACGAGCCUGAAGGAGUUCUGCCAUGUGGUGUAGUUGCCAAUGCUACCUGCUAGCUUAUACUAGUCAAGACGCCCUCUGUUAUCUCCUGGACCCUAAGCCAACAACAGCCUUCCCCAUUCACAAGCCAAUAUGAUUGACUCCAUGCAUGCUAAUUUUCAGUGACAUAAAUCUGUCAGGCUUUUCUAAGCCAAGCGUUUUCCCGUCUAGUUUCUAUCAGCAGCAAAUGCAGAACAUAGGUGUAGAGGUCGAUUUUCACCUUUAGCCUGCACGUGAACCUCAGAGGGACUGAUCAUAUUUCAAAAAUAGCAAGUAAAAAACACUUUCUCUGUGAACCUGGACUUCAAAGAAAACAGCAACCAAUGUUGCAGACGCGCUGUUAGCUCAUCAGUCCUGUUGAAUGGAAACUGUCUUUCUCUGAACAAAGGCUGUUCCCAAAGCCAACAUUAAGACAGUACUCGUUUUUAUGUUCUACACAGAAACACACUUCAAACUGGAAAGUUUUCUCUUUAAAUGGGUUGGACAAACACAUCUUCUAACAACAUAAAUGUCUAAAUCCAUUUAAUUGUGUAGAAAUGUUUUCACUUAAAGUUCCUGCUUCUUUAGUCUACAGCGUGACUGCAUUUCAUCAACAUUAAACAUUCUUCUGUCAAUUUCAGACAUGAUAAAACCGUGCAGUUGUCUCGUUCAGCACCAUUCAGCCAUGUAAGAUUCCCUAGAGUUGUGUUUAGAACUUUCUGUGUAAAUCCAUCAGUGGUUUUUAAGAAAGCAUGCAGCAAUGUGCCCUCCAGGCAGGCUCAGACGUAACACUGCUCAAGACACCCAUGGUUGACCUCAACCUGCUAUAUUAGGACAUUUAUCCAAGGCUGUGUAUGUCUCGCUCACAUCGGAUGAAUGUGUGUGAGGCACACACACACGAAAAAAUAAAAUAACUGUGCUCUGACUUUAAUAGCAUCCCAAUUAGGUAAGUAUGUUGUAAAUUACAGCAAGGCCAAAUACUGCAAAUACUUGAAGGACAAGACAGAGAGUCGUGUUUGUUAAGAGUCUGUGAGGACUGAGGGGGGCAGUGUGUGUGUGUGUGUGUGUGUGUGUGUGUGUGUGUGUGUGUGUGUGUGUGUGUGUGUGUGUGUGUGUGUGUGUGGACUGGUUAUAUACAAAGUCACUGUAGAGCUUUUUGAGACAAGGACCCUGGAGCUGUACACACACACACACACACACACACACACACACACACACACACACACACACACACACACACUUGUCCCUUCAGCAGAUUCCAAGUUGGGCUUUCAGGUUUCCACUCGUAUUUUUAAUACAAGAUCAAUUCCAAAAGAAUUUACCCAGGCCCUAAAACCACUUGAGGUUGUUUACCAUUUGUUGCUUUUUCCACACUGGAAGAACAGCGUCCAUUUAUAUUUACCACAACUGCAUUUAAUAUGUCUUGUUAGCUUCUGCUCUAUUUGGCUCAAUAAGGACAAUUUUGUGAUGUGAUGGGCUGUGAUUGAUCAGGCAAAUGACAUCACUGAUUGCCCAAGCAAACACCAAUUUGGCAUCCAGGUUAACAAAGCUGCACCUGUCGGCCACUCCAUUGGUACUCAUGCUUAUUUACUUAACAUAGAUAUGGAUUUAUUUCUAGUUGACUUGAUAGUCCUGUUUAUUUUUCUUAUUUUAACCCUCUCAGGCUCAAAAUACGUUUUGAUAAAAGGAUGAACAACUAAGUCCUUCAGGGGUACUUCUGAGUUAAAAAAUGCUUAUUAAAUACGUAUGUGGAGUAACCAGGUAGGUAGGUUUUAAUGCUGCAAAUCUGCAAUGCCUGCCUACAGAGGGUUAAAGUGCUAUACAAGUAAACCUGAUUUCAUCUGAUUUGAUAUCAAAUCAGCCAGUCACAUGGCAGCAGCUUUCAAAGUUGCAAAGAUGGCCGGAGUUCAAACUGAGCAUCAAAACAGAAAAAAGGCUGGUACUUUGUUCAGAUGGCGUGAGAUUUCAGAAACCAUGGCUCUACUGGCAUUUUCAGCCACAACAUUUUUGGGAUGUGCAGAGAGUGCUCUGGAGUUGCGUGGAUGAAAAAGUCUUUUUGGUGUCAGAGGUCAGAUGAGAGUGAGUUCUGCUACAUCUUUCAGAUGGUUGAGUCAGAAUUUGGUGACACCACGUCACAAAGCUGUCAUCUCAAACUGGUUUCUUCAACCUCUCCAACGGCCUCCGCAGUCACCAGAUCGUAUUCUGGUCCAGAACCUUGAGGAUAUAGAGGAACAGGAGGUUCAGCUGACACAUCUGCAGCAGCUGUGUGAUGCCAUCGUGUUAUUUGAACUGCAAUAAUGUAUUUAUCUUUGAACUUAUUCAGAAAAAAGUAGACCCAUCUGUUUCCCCUUUCUUUACAUCUCCUGCCAAAUGUGCCAAAGUCCUAUAAACCCAAAGAUCCACAAGUUGAAGGUCACGUGUUGAAGUUUAUGUGGUGAUGUGAGAGUAAACACAUACUGUAGGUCCCAUACCUGGUCUAUGAAGGAGGGAAUCGUCUCCUUAACCUCAGUGUAUACAUUUGUAAGCUCUAAAGCAGCAGAGGACAUAUUGUUAUUACAUAUAAGGCCUCAGUAAAAAAGAUAAUUCAUUGUUUGCAAACCUUUAUCUACGUGCAACCUCAUGCAGGUUUCCUUCAUGUUGGCAUAUGGAAACAUUUUGUUUUUGGGUCUUAGAAUCAAAGAUGUAAAUACAACACCAAGACUCUAAUUGCUUCCUACUGUUCGUGGGAUUUUUUUCCACUGAGAUUAAUCCGUUGCAUUUUGUAGAAAUAGAGCUGAAUGCAACAAUUUGUUCUCUUCCAUUGGAUCUCUGCUGCCAGUGUAUUAAUGUUUACUGCUAAAGUCUCACCAGCAAGGCACCCCAUCUCCGCUUGUAUGCUGUUCUCUUCUCUGUCUUUCUAAUGCCGCUCCUCGCUCUCUGUGUGUUUUUGAAAGGACAUCACUUUGUCUUUCUCCAAAUUCCAAUUUGCUCCUAUUUCCCAGCACUCCUCUGCCCUGAGAGUACCCUGUUGUUUAGCUGUGUUUUGAUAUAUGUGUGUUUGGCCACUAUGCGCUCAGUGGGGAACUGGACUGACCAGACCGGUCUAAACAAAGAGAGGAAACUUGGCAAAGGAAGCACAUCCACACACACUCCCUCUAUCUCACACACACACACACACACACACACACACACACACACACACACACACACACACACACACACACACACACACACACACACACACACACACACA